CACAGCCAAUUCCCUCCAGCUAGGACGCCAGCAUACACCCGCCGACCAUGGCAUUCUGGAAGUUCGGCUUCGGCACGAGUAUCAGCACAAUCGAAUCCCUCCUCGACAAACCCGACUGUACCCUCGAGGACCUCCUAGACGAAGAUGAUUUGCUCCAGGAAACUCGAACGCACAACACCAAACUCCUCGAAUUCCUGCGCGAUCCAGUCGUGUUGGGGAAGUUGUUGGGAUACGUGGUUUGCGAAGAAGGAGACGAGAAACAGAAAUUCAAGUAUUCGUAUGUGAGUUGCGAGGUGCUGAGUUGUGAGGUGUGGAGCAUAUGUGAGGCGGUCAUCGAGAAUCGCGAGUUGUUGGAGACGUUCUGGACUUUUUUGGAUCGGCCGGCGCCGUUGAAUCCGUUGCUUGCGACGUAUUUUACGAGGGUGAAUGAGCAGUUCUUGGAGAAGAAGACGGAGGAUAUGAUCCCGUUCAUCCAGUCGAUACCGAAUAUUGUGGAGAAGAUGCUUCAGCAUAUCGAUACGCCGCCAAUUAUGGACCUCCUUCUCAAGAUCAUUUCAAUGGACAAGUCGGAAGCGGGCGCUGGCGUUGUUGAUUGGCUCCACGACUCCGGCCUCAUCCCCAAAUUCAUGGCCAAAAUCGACCCUCAUCAACCAACCGAUACCCAAACCAUCGUCGCGGACGUCUUGAAAGCCAUCAUCGCCAUCUCCGCCAAUGCCGACAACCAAGGCGUCAUCGGACCUAACUCUCUAUCAAGGGAACUGGUAAGCGAGGAAACUGUGAACAAGUUGGUGGAUUACAUGCUUCACCCCACCGCUCCCAAUUCAACGACAUGUCUGACGAACGGUGUGUCUAUCGUCAUCGAGUGUAUCCGGAAAAACAACUCGGACUACGACCAGGUCAAUUUGGUUCAGUUGUACGAAACCCAUCGACCUGCGACGCCUCGGGAUCCGAUUUACCUCGGUACCAUGCUCGCUAUCUUCGCUUCCAAGAUCCCCGAAUUCCAGGGUCUUCUAUCUACGCCCAAGACAGUCCGCGACGCCAUCCCCACCGCAUUCGGCGAAAUCAAACCCCUCGGCUUCGAGCGGUUCAGGAUUUGCGAGUUAUACGCCGAGUUACUGCAUUGCUCAAACAUGGGCCUCCUCAACGACCCCCGCGCAAACUCCAUCGCCAAAAAACGAGACGAAGAACGAGAAGAGUACAUCGAGCGCCGGCGACGAGGCUCAGCCGUCUCCGCGAAACGGAGGUGGGGCGGCGGCGAUGGUGAUUCAGAUGAUGAGUUACGAGUCGAGUUCGUGGAGGAUGAGAAUGAGGAGCAGGAGCGGGCACGGACGCCGGAGGCGAUGAGUCCGGCGAGUUCGAGUGGGGAGGGGGAACAGACGCAGAUUGAGGAGGUCGAGGUACGCUCGAAAGGCUCCGAAUCGUCGGGGUCAGAAAAUGGUGAGGGCUCGGCUUCGGAGAGUGAGGAGGAAGAGGAUGAGGAAGAUGAUUCGAGUACACCACGGAUGAGCAUCGAUAUCGGUGCCUCCGCGUCCGCACUCCAGGAGUUCUUCAGCGAUGACGAGUCCGAGGGGGAGGAGUUGAAACUCCAGGAUACGGUCGUGGGGGAUAUGCUCAAGAUGCAGUUCCUGGACCACGCUGUCUUGCCCACGAUCCUGGAUUUGUUCUUCGAGUAUCCUUGGAAUAAUUUCCUGCAUAAUGUUGUGUAUGAUGUCGUGCAGCAGGUGUUGUUGGGGAGUAUGGCGAGUGGGUAUGCGAAGGAGUUGGCAAUCGACGUCUUCGGACGGGGACGAAUCAUCGAGAGGAUUUUCGAGGGGCAGAAGAGGAGUGAUGAUUCCAAGUACCGGUUAGGGUAUAUGGGCCACCUCUUCCUCAUCGCGGACGAGAUCGUAAAGCUCACCGAGCGGUCACCACCUGAAUCCCUCCCCCCCAUUAUCGCAGAAAAAGUCACGUCAAAGGAAUGGCUGGAGUAUGUCGAGACCGUUAUCGUGCCCACCCGUGCACGGGAAAACACGAUGUUGGGUGGUGUUAGGCCGCCUGCGCCGAGUAUUCCAGGGAUGACGGAGGGGGGUGUGGAUAAUGGUGUGUUUGAGCAGAUGGCGACGGAUAUGGCUGGGAUGAGUAUGGAGGGGGAGGAAGGGGUGGAGGGGGAUGAAGAGGGGAGUAGGUUGGGUAGGUUUGGGGGACGGUUGGAGGAUGAUGAUGGGGAUCUUGGGAAUGAUGAGUUCGCGAGAUAUAUGUCCCAACAAAUCACGAACGACCUCCCCGAUAAAUUCGGAUCCUCGGAUGAGGACGAAGAUGAGGACGACAUCAUCGAUUGGACCUCGAAUGAGACGGGGGAGUUUGAGCCGAGGGGGUAUCACCACCAGGGUCUCCAACCUCGAGGUCACGGACGACCGGAAGAUUUCGAGAUCGAGAGUUAUUAUGAGGAUGACGAUGGUGAGGACCCGUUCGGUGAUCCGGCUGUGCCGCUUGAUGUCGAGGAGGGUAUCGAUAUUGGGGAGUUGGAGCCGGAACAGAUUGAGGAGGCUGAGGUUGAGGAGUUGCAGAACGUAUGCUCAAUCAUGUCGUAA